AUGAAAUAUGUUAACUUUGUUAUCCAUGUAGGAAUCACCCCACAUGCGAAUUUGUACCACUACGAUCUGCCAGUUGCACUUCAGGAGAGAUAUGGAGGUUUUCUGAGUAAACAAAUUGUCAAAGAUUAUGCUGAUUAUGCAGAAUUCUGUUUCAAGACAUUUGGUGAUAGAGUAAAGAAUUGGUGGACAUUCAAUGAACCGAAAGUGAUUGCUUCUCUUGGAUUUGACAAUGGCAUUAAUCCUCCAAAUAGAUGUUCAAAGGAAUUUGGAAAUUGUACAGAAGGAAACUCAGCAACCGAGCCUUAUAUUGCAGCACAUCAUUUGAUUUUAAGUCAUGCUGAAGCUUCCAAAAGAUAUCGUGAAAAAUAUAAAGCUGAACAGAAGGGAAGAGUUGGUGUCUUCGCGGACUUUGUUUGGUAUGAACCUCUAACAAAAUCAAAGGCAGAUAACUAUGCAGCACAAAGAGCAAGAGACUUCCAUAUUGGAUGGUUUUUGCACCCUUUUGUAUAUGGAGAAUAUCCAAGAACAAUGCAAAAAAUCGUAGGAGAAAGGCUUCCAAAGUUCAGCAAAAGUGAACUGGAGAUUGUGAAAAACUCUUUUGAUGUUCUUGGUCUCAACCACUACACUUCUUACUACAUAUAUGACGCACACCAGCCAAAGACAAAUGUGACUGGUUACGAACAUGAUUGGAAUGUUGGGUAUGCUUAUGAACGUAAUGGUGUGCCAAUCGGUCGUCAGGCUCAUUCUCCAUGGAUUUAUGAAGUUCCAUCGGGCAUUUACAAAGUUGUCACAUAUGUUAAAGAGCGUUAUGGAAACCCCGAAAUAAUUCUCUCAGAAAAUGGAAUGGAUGACCCUGGCAAUGUUCCAUUUCCUGAAGCUUUGUUUGAUACAAAGAGAGUGAACUACUAUACAACCUACUUGAAGGAAUUGAAGAGAGCCAUGGAUGAUGGAGCCAAUGUCACUGGCUACUUUGCUUGGUCAAUGCUUGACAACUUUGAAUGGUUGUUAGGUUAUACCUCAAGAUUUGGCUUGAUUUAUGUUGAUUACAAUGAUCUCAAGAGAUACCCAAAGAUGUCAGCAUAUUGGUUCAGGCAGAUGCUUCAAAGAAAAAUAGCUUAGGUUUAUUUCUUAGGUUUUUAGGCUUUUUUAUGUUUCUUAGUGCUUUUGUUUUUAG